UUGUAUUUUGUAAAGAAAGCGGAGAACAACAGCAAUAUGAAAUUGCUGCUGUUGCUUUUAGCAGCUUUAUUUAUUGCUGAGGUGCAAUGUAAGCUUUGCUCGAAAUGCAAUAAUACUAUUACACCAACUGUCGCUACUACAACUACAACCACCACCACCACGUCGGCUAGUACAACCACAGAGAAUUCUGCAACAAGUAAAGAGCCCACCACGGCAGGUAAUUCACCAACACCUGGUAAAGAGUCGAUGGCUAAGGAAGCAGGGGAUAUUUUAGCCGUCGAUAAUGAAACUACAAAGCCCACGGAAAUUGACGAUUUAGACAAGACUACGAAAAAAACAUCAAAAAAACCUCGCAAAACUAAACGCCCAAGAAAGACCACUAAAACUUUUCGGAAAACAACUCGUAUACCAAAAUAUACAAGAAAUCCACAAUCCCAAUGUAAUUGCAAGUGCGAUUGCACGAAAAUGUGCAACAGAAAUUUGAAUGUAAAGGCCACUGUCGAGCCCAAGUAUAAGAAGAAAAAAGCCACUUUCAUACCCAGCAAAAAGAAAAUAAAAGCCACUGUCGAGCCCAUCUAUAAGAAAAAGAUAAAAGAAAAGAAAAACAAAAAAUCGAAAGGUAUGGAAACCCGUAAUUACAUAAUUCAUAUUUAAUGAAUCAAUAAAUCAGCGUCA